AUGGCUCUAAAAGUAGAUAUCAUCAAUGAAGAAAUUAUCAAACCUUCCAUUUCAACUCCUAAAACCCAUAACCAUUUGAAUUUCUCCUUCUUAGAUCAACUAGCUUUGCCUGUUUAUGUUCCUCUUCUUCUUUUCUACUCUCCCAAACCCAAUCAAAUUCCCUCCAUUUCCCACCUCAAAUCUUCACUAUCCCAAACCUUAACCCAAUUCUACCCCUUCGCCGGCCGAGUUAACGACGACAACCUCUCCAUUUCUUGCAAUGACGAAGGCGCUAUCUUCGUCGAAGCCGAAGCCAACUACUCUCUCAACGACAUUCUCACUCAUCUCAAUGUUGAUUCCCUAAACCAAUUCCUCCCUUUUCAUCUCGCGAACAAAGGAUGUAUUGUACUCAUCCAAACCACCACGUUUCAAUGCGGAGGCAUUACGGUUGGCUUACUCAUGUCGCACAAGAUUUCCGACGCGUCGUCCAUUAGUUCGUUUGUUAAAACAUGGACUUCCAUUAAUGUUUCCGGUAGUGAUAAUCCUCUGUUUUCAAAACCAGAGUUCGUUAGCGACUCUGUUUUGCCACCACCUAAUUUCCCGGUUGCAUCACCAACAACUCCAGAUUCAGGAAUUCACGCUAAAGGAAUAACGAAGAGAAUCGUUUUCCCUCAUUCCAAAAUCGCUUCCCUUAAAGCUAAAGCUGCUAGUUCGACAGUAAAGAACCCAACACGUGUCGAAGCUAUAGCUGCUCUGUUAUGGAAAUCCGCUGUCUCUGCUUCAAGAUCAACGUCCGGAGUUUCAAGAGCUUCAGUUCUUGGCCAAGCUGUGAAUCUCCGGAAAAUAUUAAAACCCAAUUUACCCGAAAACUCAGUGGGUAAUGCCAUCGGGUUUGUUACGCCGGAGACGGCAGUGGGGGCAGAGUUAGAGUUACAAAGUAUGGUGGGGUUGAUGAGGGAAGCGAUUGAAGAGUUUAAGAAGAAUGGGUACAAGAAAUAUCAAGAUACAGAUGCUUACUUGAGCUAUUUCAAAACGUUAAUGGAUCCAGAUGGUCCGUAUAACGGAGAGAAGAACUUCUAUUUGUGUAGUAGUUGGAGUAGAUUUGAAUUUUAUGAAGCGGAUUUUGGAUGGGGUUGCCCUGUUUGGUUCAUUGGUGGGAUUUCGAUGUUUUCGAACUUUUUCUUGUUGUUGGAUACAAAAGACGGAAAGGGAAUUGAGACGUUGGUGAGUUUGAGUGAAGAAGAUAUGAGUGUGUUUGAACGUGAUGAAGAUUUGCUUGAAUUUGGAUCGUUUAAUCCAAAUGUUCUUCAGGUUGAAGAUUAA